ACCACAGGCGGGUCCUCGUUGCGGUCGUCGUGCAGCUCAGUACCACUCAGUGCCGAUGGCGAACCGAGGGCCGAGCUACGGCCUGAGCCGGGAGGUGCAGGAGAAGAUCGAGCAGAAGUACAACUCUGAACUGGAGGCCAGACUGGUGGACUGGAUCAUAGCGCAGUGUGGAGACGACCUGCCACGCCCAGACCCCGGCAGACAAAACUUCCAGAAGUGGCUCAUGGACGGCACGAUUCUGUGUCGUCUGAUUAACAGUUUGUACCCGAGCGACCUGCAGCCCAUCAAGAAGAUUCCAGAAACCAGGAUGGUCUUCAAGCAGAUGGAGAAGAUUUCUCAGUUCCUCGAGGCUGCAGAAGUUUACGGAGUCACCAGAGGAGACAUCUUCCAAACCGUCGACCUGUGGGAAGGGAAGGACAUGGCUGCGGUCCAGAGGACGCUCAUGGCUCUCGGAAGUGAAGCUCUCACCAAGGAUGAUGGUUAUUACCGUGGCAACAAGGACUGGUUCCACAGGAAAGUUAAAGGACAGCGGAGGGAGUUCUCAGAGGAGCAACUGCGCCAGGGUCGCGCCCUGAUAGGCCUGCAGAUGGGCAGCAACCGCGGUGCGUCUCAGGCGGGCAUGACCAGCUACGGCAUGCCACGCCAGAUAAUGCGCUACGACUCGCCCCGUCACAACGGAGAACCGGGCUCGCCCUAAAAACACACUCACGAUGCUACGAUCCCAAUUUACACCAGACUAACAUCUUCUACAGAUCUUUUCUUUACUCCAAAAUACUCACAAAAUUCACUUUUCCAUUCCUAAAAUUCCAGAGCUGAGUCGAUGUGAGUGUGUAUGAAGAGCUUUAAGCUUCCAGGCUGCAUGUUACUGACAAUCAACUCAAAAAGAAUGUCGGCUUCCUAAACUACUCGUAUCUGAGACAAAAUACUUUUAUAUUAUCAUGCUGUAACAUCAGAGGGGAAGGUCAGCGUCAUGACCCUCUACGCCCCCGUAAUGAGCCUGAGAAAAUCUAAAAAUGAUUUUAUUUUUGAGCAGUUCUAAUUUUAUCGAAUCAUAAUUUGACAAUCAACAUUCAACCAAACAAACGUAAAUGUAAGUGAACAAAUCCUUCACACCCGCCUAUUCAAUCUGUGUUGGAACGUGAAGCCAUAAAUUAAAGACGCCUAUUUGUCUCCCUCUGUUGUUGCUAAAAAGAAUGAAUAAUAAGAAGAAGAACCUUUAUUGUCAUAUACUGUACGUCUCUCCAAAAAAGAUAAAAGAAAAUUUAUAUGACGUAUUCGACAAUUUACAUGUUCUAGCCUACAGGCUACAAUAAAGCAUUUAGUUUGAGAACGAGCUUAGUCUAAUCUCCGGAGGUCAGUCUGACUCCUAAUUACAGGCUGUAUUUUAUGCUGACAGUGUUGGAUUUUAAGGUGGGAGUCGGUGACAAACUAAAAACGUCUGUGGGUUUCAUUAUUCUAGGAUGGGACGUGACCUUAUUACAGAACUUAUAGCUAAAAGAAAAAUACACAAUUGCCAAACACUUACCCGAGUCUGUAAAUCUUAUAAACCGCUUCAGUGUGUUAAAUUCAGUCAGUUAUUCACUACUAGUAGCCACAGAAACACAAUUUUGCACUUUUGAUGAACGUCCACACGUGUAUUUAUAUCAGUAUUUAUAUUUUUAGUAUCUUCUGUCUUAGACGUGUUGUAUUGAUUGACGGCUCUCAUAUUUACGAGCCCUGUGCACAUCAGGCGUGGUCAGACUAAAACUAGAGAAUUGUGAGCUGAACUGUGGUUCAGCUUGUAAAUAAGCAGCGAUUAAUGAAUUCAUUUUAUUUUUGUAGAUUCAUUAAUGCAUGCGUAAACAGAAUUAAAUCAGUAUAUUUCUGGGUUGACAGACCUGGUUUGUGUUUUUGCUGUAUUAGUUGUACCUGAAGCAGAACGUCUUCUGACCCCAGUAGUUGGUGAAAUUGAUUAAAGCAGACAAUCCCGAUAAAUCGUCAUUAUUCUUCUAGUUUGUCUCAGAGGUAAAUUUAUUUAUUUUACUAGUGAUUCCCGUGUUAAAACCAGUUACCUGUUGUAGAUGGGAUGUACAGUGUAGCACAGCAAUACAUAAAAAAUCUGCACUUAUUACUGCUUCACAUUAUUAUGCAGGUUCGAAUGCUCGUUGUCUUUUUUUGAGAAUGUAUUUAAAUGCAAAAGAAUAAAAGUACUGAAAUUUCA